AUGCCGGAAUUCAAAAGGGUUCAACGAUUCAUUUGGGGACUUGCACCUCAGAUCAGGAGCAUGGUUACUUCCUCAAAGCCCUCAACCAUCGCAGAGGCUAUCGAUUUGAGUGUCACUCUUACUGAAGAAGCGCUACGCAUAGGGAAAUUUUCAGAAUCUCAGGAUAACAAGAAAGAGACUCAUGUGGAGUCAUCAGGCAACAAGAAAAGGAAGUAUUCAAACCUAAAGAUGGGCACCCAAGUCAGCUAUGGAAGCUCUAAAGCAAACAAGAGAAAGAAAGUGAAUCCGCCGCAUGGCAGGAAAGCUGAUGGAGCCACUAAUAAGGCUGGUGGUAAAGCUUACUUGGGGACUAAGCCGAGGUGCGGGGAAUGCAAUUUUCACCAUGAAGGUCGAGGUCUGAGGCCUAAGUGCGUAAAGUGUGGGAAAGAAGGACACAGCAAGGAUGCCUGUUGGGCGAAGGAUCCAGACAAAAGAAAUAAAGGUAGAGUACCGGGUUGCUACAGAUGUGGUGAAGCAGGACACUUUAGGAAAGAUUGCCCUAGGCAGAAACAAGUAAGGAAGGGUUUUCACAAUCGAAACUCGUGA